GANUUCGGAGGCGAAGAGCUUGACUAUCCAGUGGGAAUUGCUUUUGACAUCACAGAGAAAAACGUCAUCGUGGCUGACAGAGACAACCAUCGCCUCCUUGUAUACAGCACCAAAACUGGCAAAUUGAUCAGAAAAAUUGGUCGUAAAGGCAGUGCGGAGGGACAGUUUGACGGGCCGUCAGGUAUUUCCGUAGACGGUGAAGGUCGAAUCAUAGUCGCCGACUGGAACAACCACAGAAUCCAAGUGUUCUCGCCCGAUGGCAUGUUCCUGUUCAAAUUUGGAGACACCGUGAAGAAUAAAUUGAAGCACCCGAGAGCCGUUACUUUUUGCGACGUGCGAAACCGCUUCGUCGUUUCGGACACCGGAAAUAAUGUCGUAAAAGUUUUCGGCCCGAAAGGCAAGUUUCUUAACACCGUUGGAAAGCCGGGAGUUAGGAAGGGAGAGCUCUACAGCCCUAGAGGAGUCACCGUGGAUAACCUAGACAGAAUCGUGGUUUGCGAUUUUGACAAUCAUCGCGUGCAGUUCUUCCGAUUCGAUGGCACGUGUCUAAAUUCAUUCGGCUCUAAAGGCAAGGAUCUGGGACAGUUCAAUCGCCCAAUGGGAGUAGCUCUCCUCAAUGAUGAUCAACUUGUAGUUAGUGACUGGGGAAAUGAUCGUAUACAAGUGUUUUCCAUGAUAGGUCCUCAA